AUGGCUUCGAAAGAAUACAAGUUCCCGGCUUUUGAUGAGGCGCCAAAGGUUGAGGGUAUGCCCCAAGGCAAUCUCUGGGGUUUCUUCGACGAAGACGGCAAGAAAGAUGAAGUAGGAACAAUCAACCUCCUCACCCCCUCGGUCGUCAAACGCGCCGCUUCAGAAGAAAUCCGUACAGGCACCUCGAUCCAACUCGACUGGGAACUACACAAUGUGCAAUUCCCCGGUUUCAACCGCAAACCCUUUUCGCAAAAACAAAUCGACUUUGGCACCUUCUCUUCGCUCUGCGCAAACGACGACGAACUCCACAUCAACACGCAGGCAGGUUCGCAAUGGGAUUCUCUAAAGCACUUUGCGCAUCAGGCAACGGGUACGUAUUACAAUGGGCUCACGCAUGCGGAGGCGGCCAAGAGCGAUACGAAUGGCACGCAUAAGUGGUGUGAGCGUGGGGGCAUAGUGGGCAGGGGUGUGCUGUGUGAUUGGUUGAGGUGGUAUGAGGAGACCAAGGGGAAAGGAGCGCCGAGUGCGGUGUCGAGGCAUGCGAUUCCGGUCGAGGAGGUGCAGGAGACGCUUAAGUGGCAGGGGACCGAGGUUAGACAAGGAGAUGUGUUGGUGGUGAGAACGGGGUAUGUAAGGUGGCAUAAUAAUGCAACAGAAGCAGAGCGAAAAUCAGGCACCCAGGAUAACAACGUCGCCAUUGGCCUGGAAUCCUCGGAGCGCACCGUCCGUUGGCUUUACGACUGCCACUUGGCGGCCAUUGCUGCCGAUAAUGUCGCUCUUGAGGCGUGGCCCCCGAAAUUCCAAGACGGAUGGUGUUUGCAUGAGUGGCUACUUGUGCAUUGGGGUACGGCCAUUGGCGAAAUGUGGGAUUUGGAGAAACUGAGUGACAAGUGUAAGGAGGAAGGGAGGUAUAGUUUCUUUUUGACAAGCGCGCCGUUGCAUGUUAGGGGUGGGAUUGGGAGUCCGCCGGGGGCUAUUGCGAUUUUCUAG